GAUCCCAUCCUGCAAGACCUUUCCCAUUCUGACAUUUCCGUUAUAGCCUCCACUGGGUCAGUGGGCUAUCGUAUGGUUUCUGAUUUUGGUCGGCGGGCGUAUCAGAUUGAACUGUUCUUGUCUCCAUUCUUCACCGCUGCGCAGUAUUUGUCUUUCAGAGAGCUACAAGCUUCAACGGACAUGUUGAUCACCAGAUAUAUCGCUCUUCAUUUUCUGGACCGAACUUCCGACCUUAACGUGGCACUUGACAUUGUUGUUCACUGCGAUUUUGGUUUCGACAUUCACCAAUUCUUGCUAACUGCUGGGUAUACCUUC